AUGGCGUUUGGCGAAAAUAUGAAUAUAGCCCCGGAAGCUUCUGCAAGAAAGAAAAGCAUUUUGGGUGGUGCGAUGUCCUUUCACCCGUCACAAUUGAAAUUACACGCUUUUGUUUCGGAGAAAGAUUUUGAACAACCAGAUGAAGAAUUUCUCACCAAAGCGAAGGAAGUUGAUGAGCUACUGGCUCUCACGCAAACGGAUCAAGAUGUGGGACUAGUCGCUCGGAAGACGAUGCCCGUGCUACUCCAGGGUCUGCGGACAUGGAUAGCCACCACGAAACUAAAAGUCGACGAAAUGGGGAGUUCCAUGUCAUUGGAUGCUCGGGUUGAUGCUGAAAGAAAUCAAAAGUUAAAAUUCCAAAAUGAUUAUAGUGAAAUGCGUAUUAAAUUUGAAAAUGAGCAAACUGAAAAUGACCGGUUGGCGAAUGAAUUACGCAUCGCGGCUGAUAAUCUCUCGCGGCUAAGAGAUACAAAUAAAAAUGCACAAAACGCAUAUGACAACAUGAAAAAUGAUCAUGAUGGAUUAAAGGACACGAACCGACUUUUGGAAAAACAGUUGGAAGAUGCCCAGCGAGAUUUAACAGCGGCGAAAGCUGCUAUUGACGGUUUUAAAGCCCAAACAUUCCCAGAUACCGCGAAGCAGGUCUUUGAUUUAGACCAGAAAUUAAUGAAAGCACAUAGGGAUUUAAAUGCGGAAAAAGAUGCGCACAAAUUGACCAAUAAAAAUUUAGCGGAUGCGCAAAAUCUGUCUCAGAACCUUUCUAAGGAUCUAGUCGACGAAAAGAAGCGCGCCAAGGACAGGGAGGACACCCUGCAGCGGGACCAAACAAAAGCGAAUGUACAGCUUAAUAAACUGUCUACUGUGUGCCCAAUGCAUAUUCCUAAGGAAAAAAAUGACGUGGCACAAAAAGAAAUUGAACGGCUUGAAGGAUUGUUGGACACGGAAAAGGAGAAUAAUCGGAAAGUCCAGAAGGAACUGAGCGAUAUUAAAAAGGAUAAAAAAUGUGCAAAUUGUGAGAAAGCGAUUCAAGCGAAAAAGGAAGCACAAGCUGCCGCCUUCGAGAAAGAUCAAAACUGUAAUCGUCUGUACGAGGAAAACAAACAGCUCCGAGACGAAUGGUACGAAAAGCAAGAUCAACUGACCAAGAUGGAGGAGGAAUUCAGGAGAUGUGUUGCGGCCUGCCCCACUUCCCCUGUUUGA